AUGAACGCCAUGAAUGGGACUUCACAGGAGCAGAAAAACGUCACGCAUCCCUUAUUCCCACCUCUCUCCCUUCUUGACACCCAAGCUCUCUCCUCAAUUCCCCGCUCGCCCCUCAUCCUCCCCGCUCUCCCCUCAUCUGCCCCGCUCUCCCCUCGCCUUCCCCGCUCCCCCCUCGUCUUCCCCGCUCUCCCCUCGUCUUCCCCGCUCUCCCCACCUCUCACCCCCUUUCUCCCUCCUCUCCCCCCCUCUCCCUGCACUCCCCUGCGUGCAUCGCUUAUCUUCCCCCGUGCACUUGCUCCCCCUUUUUUUGCACAACCCCCCUCUCCAUCUCCCCUCUGCUCACCUUUCGUUCUAGCCCUCUCCCCCUCCCCUCCUCUUCCCCCACCCCCCACGCACCCCUCAUCUCGCUCCCCCCCCCCCUCCACUUCCCCCCCACCGCCCCCUCAUCACCCCUCGCAACCGUGA